ACUUAUCUUAUUUAUCUAUAUAUUAUUAUAUAUUUACUUUAGGUCCAUUGAAUUGGCAUUGGUAUUGGUUGAUAUUAUUUUUUACAACUUGGCAGACCAGUUUAUUUUUUUUUCAUUAUAAAAAAAACACAGAUUUUUGGCUAAAGGCCACGUCGAUUCGGGUAAACGCAAAAAGAAAUUCCGUCAUUUUUUAAUAGACGAUACUAACAGCUUAUGGCACAUCAUUCCAAAUCGCCACGUACGCAAAUGAAAAUGUAAACGGUGACGACGAUCGUUCAUUGUGUCGAUUUAUAAAUUGCGAGUGUAUUUAAAUACAUUCUCAGAAUAUCUUUCAUUUGCCACAAAUAAAAAUUAUUGAAAUUCUUGUCGUACUUUUUAAACAAGAGAUAUAACACAGGUUAUGCUUAAAAUGUCAUUCGAGGGAAAAUACAAUGCUAAAAGUCCAGCUGUCAAAAGAUUGAUGCGAGAAGCUCAAGAACUCCACGAAGCUACAGAAGAGUAUUACGCUUAUCCCUUGGAUGAUAAUCUUUUUGAAUGGCACUUUACUGUACAGGGUCCUCCUUCUACUGAUUUCGAGGGAGGCGUUUACCAUGGAAGAAUUUUACUACCACCCGAAUAUCCUAUGAAACCUCCUAAUAUUAUUUUAUUAACACCAAACGGUCGUUUCAGAAUAAAUAAAAAGAUUUGUCUAAACAUUUCGGGUCAUCAUCCUGAAACUUGGCAACCAUCAUGGAGUAUUAGAACAGCAUUAUUAGCACUAAUCGCUUUUAUGCCUACACCUGGCAAUGGAACUAUUGGUUCUUUAGAUUACAGCACUGAAGAAAGACAAAAGCUAGCCAAAAAAUCAUUGAAUUGGCAAUGCGAUAACUGUGGAAAAGUGGUGGACUUGUUGUCCAAAAAUUCAAUAAAGAAACCUAUUACAGAAGAGGAACAAAAUAUGUUAGAUAUGAUAGCUCUGAAGGCUGAUGAAACACCAACGCUCGAAACAAGUUUUACAGAGAACUCAGAAAAUGGGGACACUGGAAGUGAACUAAGACAUCGUAGGGAAACAAAUUUCAGUGAAAGCCAAGAAGCUCAAUCGACUGUGCAUUUAAAUCCUCAAGUAGAAACAAUGUCCUCUUCGAACGAUCUAUUUUGGAGUAUUCUAAUAGCAUUGUUAGCAUCAGCUAUUAUUUUACUUGUUUUACGACGGUUGUUUCUUGUAUAAAUUACUUUGCUACAUAGAUAAAACACGCGUUACUAUUGUAAGUAUGUUAAUUAUACAAAGGUAAAUUUUAUACACAUUUUACGAAUAGCAUUUUUAAAUAUUAAAUGAAAACUUUAUAUACGCUCAUAUGCUAGUAUAUUAACUCUAAAAAUUAAUAUACGCAUAAGAAUAUAGAUAUAUGCUUAUUCUUAUUAUAAGAUUGUAUAAUUUCAACUUUUGCUUAAAAUUACACAUUUGCUUGAACAUUUAUAAUAGUUUCUAUUUCUGUUAGUAUUAUUAUUAUUACUAUUAUUAGCAUCAUUGUCAUCAUCAUAUUAUCGAUAGUAAUAUUGUCCAAAAUUGGCUGUCGUAUGUCUAGUCUGUUAAAUUUUAGUAAUCACACUUAAAAAAAUGAACACCAGAUGAAAAUAUACUCUUCAAGUAUUAAAUGAUUUUUUCUGUUGAAAUGUUUUCUAAUGAAUAGAGUUAUUCAAUAUUUUAUUGGGGAUAUUGAUACAAGUAGUUUGUUAAGAUCAAGGAAUGCUAUAUGAGUAGUACUUUAUUUGUCUAUACUUUAAUUUGAUAUUAUGGAAUUUUGUAAUAAUGCAAUAAGUAUUGAAUAACUACGCAAUUUGUUUAUUAAUUGAUAUAUUACACAUGACAUUAAUAGAUAGUUUGUAUAUGUGUGCAUACUUGCAUAUACACAUAUACUUAUAUCUAGAGUAAAGUAUAUAAUUAAAAUUGUUCGACAUUUUUUAUUGGGUUACUUUCAGUUAUAUUUGUGAUUUUGCAUUUAUAAUUAAAAUAUUGUAAUUACGUAGCGUUAAUUUACUCACGUCAGAUGCUUGAUUAAAGUUAUGUUGUUACAAAAAAUUUAAAGAAAGAAAAGAAAUAAAAGAAGAAGAAUAAUACCAAAGUACAUAAAAUAUAAAGUUAACGAUUAGGAAGAUAGGAAAGAUAAAUCAUAAAAGACAUUAUGAUAUAUCUCUUAUUAUCCUGUGUAUAUAUGAAACAAAAAAUGGGAAAAAAAAACAUAGAAGAACAUGUUUGAAUGCAUAAUCAAAUAUCUGCGUAUGAACAUUUGUUAAAUAUUUAAGGAGUAUUUUAGAAGUUAAUCGGUUGAAAACAUUAAAUCUUUCUUCAUAUGUAAUGUUUAAAUAUCACCACGUUAGAAACAAAUUGACGACACUUCUAGUACAUUACACUUAAAAUAUGUUAAAGAGAUAAUGCACGUUUUCAUAAACACACACUAAUUGUAAUCAAUGUACUUUUUACUUUGGCACAUUGUUUUGUAGUAAUUGAAAAUAUUAUAGAGCAAAGUGCUAAAAGAAAAUGCGACACCCAUUAUCUCUUCUCAGCCUUUCAAAAAAUAAAUAAAGUGCAAAUAUAGUA